AUGAACUUGCCAACACACGGAAAUUACUACGGAUACUACACAAAACGGCCAUUUCCCAACGAUGAACGCCUUUUCGUCCUGCCUGCGCAUCUGUUCGAAGGGAAGAGGGUUUUAGAUGUAGGAUGCAAUGAAGGCUGGGUUUCUUGCGAGAUUGCUCAGACUCAUGGCGCCAAGUUCAUCGUUGGCGUUGAUAUCGAUGACAAGCUCGUCCAAGGCGCGUGGCGAAGGAGAAGGGCUGUUUGGUCCACGCAGGCUCCGUCUGUUCCUCACGGUCGUUCAUUGGAAGACCAAAUUCCAGACAAAGUUUCUCUGGAGGACGGCAAACAGUCCUCGACGUCCUUGUUGACAGAGGACAGGAACAGCAACAAGAAGAGAAAGCGAGACCAGGUUGAUUCGGAGGUUCCUGGCCCAGCAGACGAACACGCCAGUCCGCUUUCUACUACCAAUACGACGACGAGGAGACCACGACCACGGCCAAAUUACUUCCCGGCGUCCUGCGAGCACGAGUUCGGGUCGCUGCCCAUUCCUCCUUCAGCGAACAGAGGCAAGGACGUCUUCCCGCACAACCUCGCGUUCCGCACCGCCGACUGGGUGAAUACGACCAUACCAGAGGACGCGGAUGGGUACGACAUCGUCGUUGCGUUUUCUCUGUCGAAAUGGAUACACCUAAACGGAGGCGACGACGGCCUGAAACGGUUCUUCCAGCGUGUGUUCAGCGUGUUGAAGAGUGGUGGGACUUUCAUCCUCGAACCUCAGCCUUGGGAGUCAUACGUGAAGGCAAGAAAGAUGGACAGGAAAUUGCAAGAGAACUACAAGGACCUCCGAAUACGGCCUGCAGACUUUGAGGCGAUCUUGAAAGAGAUAGGGUUUGGACAUGUUACACAUUUAGGUGCUAUCGGGGAAGGAGGUUUCCAAAGACCCAUUGACCUGUAUAGCAAGCCUUAG